AUGAGCGACGACACAAUCGUCAAAACCCCUUUCUUGAUCGUCGGCGCAGGUCCUGCAGGCGCUUCACUGGCCUGCUUCUUAGGCGACCAUGGCCUCAAGGGCAUCAUGAUCGCCGCCGCCCCAGGCACCGCCGACACGCCGCGCGCCCACAUCACCAACAUGGCCGGCCUCGAGUGCCUGCGCGACAUCGACCUGGAGGGCGCAUGCCGCGCCGCCUCGACCAGCGGCGACAACAUGACGCACACGCGGUGGUGCCGCACCAUGGCGGGCGAGGAGUUUGCGCGCGCGUACAGCUGGGGCAACGACCCGCAGCGCAUGGGCGACUACGAUGCCGCCAGCCCCUGUGGCCACGUCGACCUGCCGCAGACGGCGCUGGAGCCCAUCCUCACGACGAGGGCGGCGCACAAGGGGUGGGCGGUGCGGUUCCACACCCGGCUGGUGUCGUUUGUGCGGCCCCAGCCAGAUGUGAUCAUCAGCGAGGUCGAGGACGGCGUCUCGGGUCUGCGGUACAAGAUCCAGUCCAAGUAUCUCUUUGGCUGCGACGGAGCCAGGAGUGAGGUGGUCCGGCAGCUGGGCCUGCCUCUGGUGAAGAAGCCCGGCCAGGGUCUGGCGCUGAAUGUUUUGGUCAAGGCCGACAUGUCGCAUCUGAUCUCGAACCGCACCGGAAACCUGCACUGGGUCUUCACGCCCGAGAACGACUACCCGCCGUGGUGCUGGGCGGCGCUGUUCAGGAUGGUCAAGCCGUGGAAUGAGUGGAUGUUCAUCUGCUUGCCUAUCCCUGGGGCAGAUCUUUCUGUCGACCAGUUCAGCCCCACCUACGAGGAGUGCCUCCCGCGGGUCAAGGAGCUUAUUGGAGAUGACUCGGUGGAUGCUGAGAUCCUGGACAUCAGCAAGUGGUGGAUCAACGAGAUUGUGGCCGAGUAUUACUCUGACGGCAACGUACACUGCUUCGGAGAUGCCACGCAUCGUCAUCCACCAUUUAAUGGUCUGGGCUCAAACACCUGCAUACAAGAUGCCUUCAACCUCGCUUGGAAGAUCGCGUAUGUGGAGACGGGCAAGGCAGGCCCCAAGCUGCUCGAGUCGUUCAGCCCAGAGCGCCAGCCUGUAGGCAGAGACGUCAUUACGCGAGCAAACCAGGGCCUACGAGAUCACAUGCCCUGGAUCCAAACCAUCGGCAUGAUGGAGCCCGACAAGGAGGUGCGGAAGAAGAUACUGCAGGAGUUUGACGACCCGGGCCCAGCAGGACGCAAGAAGCGGCAGGAGUUUCAGAGAGGCAUCGAGAACACGUCGUCCGAGUUUCAUGGAUUGGGGGUCGAGAUGAAUCAGCUGUACGCCUCGGAUGCUGUGUACCUGGAGGACGAGCCCGCGCCUCUACCUCCGCCUGAAGACCCGGUCAAACAGCUCGUGAUCAGCACGUACCCGGGCAAGCGGCUGCCCCAUGCAUGGCUGAACAAGCGGAUACCAGAAGACAAGAUCUCGACAAUUGAUCUUGCAGGCCACAGAAGAUUCUGCCUGCUCACCGGGCCCGGUGGCGAGGCGUGGAAGACUGCGGCUGACAAGGUUGGCAAGGCACUUGGCGUGGAGAUCAAGGCGUACUCGAUCGGCUGGAAGCAGGACUGGGAGGAUGUGUACUUUGACUGGGCGCGGCGUAGGGAGGUUGAAGAGGAUGGAUGUGUGCUGGUGCGCCCCGAUCGGUUUGUCGCCUGGAGGUCGAAAGAGAUGGUGACGGACACGGAAGCCAAACUCGACAAGGUCAUGCGCAAGGUUCUGUCGCUGUCAUGA